UGGCCAGUGUGCGCAUGGGCGGAGAGACUGCCGCUGUGCGCUGUUAUUAUUGUAAGAGUAAUUUCUUUUUUACGAAAAUGGCGUCUAGUCAGGGAGGUGUGGGAGCUGCCGCGGCUCUGCAGAGCUCCCAGCACUCCGGCGGUCCUAGCUGGAGCCCGGGCACCAGCCAGUCUCAGCAGCACCACCCCCAGCAGCACCAGCAGCAGCAGCAGCAGCACCACACGGCCCGCAGCCUGGACCGGACUCUGGAUGAUGCCGUGUGCUCGGGGAUACUGAACCUGAGCGGCAGGAAGCUGAGGGAGUACCCGGGCAUGAGCUACGAUCUGUCGGAUACAACACAAGCAGAUUUGUCCAAGAAUCGUCUCACAGAAAUCCCUCCAGAAGUGUGUCUGUUCGCCCCCCUGGAGUCGCUCAACCUCUACCACAACUGCAUCAAGUGCAUCCCAGAGGCGAUCAUCAAUCUGCAGAUUCUGACUUAUCUUGACAUCAGUCGAAAUCUCCUGUCCGUUUUGCCGAAAUACCUGUUCAGCCUCCCCCUCAAAGUUCUGCUUGUGAGCAACAACAAGCUCGUGUCCAUCCCAGAGGAGAUCGGCAAGGCCAAAGAGUUGAUGGAAUUGGACGUGAGCUGCAAUGAGAUCCAGGUUCUGCCAGCUCAGGUGGGGAGGCUUCACGCCUUACGAGAACUCAACAUCAGGAAGAACUGUCUUCACAUGCUGCCUGAGGAGCUGGCUGACCUGCCCCUCAUCCGACUUGAUUUCUCCUGCAAUAAGAUCACAGAGAUUCCUCCGGCCUACAGGAAACUCAGGCAGCUGCAGCACAUCAUCCUCGACAACAAUCCUAUGCAGUCUCCACCCGCACAAAUUUGUCUCAAGGGCAAAGUGCACAUAUUCAAGUACCUGAACAUCCAAGCGUGUCGGAUGGAUAAGAAACCAGACACCCUGGACCUCCCCUCCCUCGGCAAGCGUUGCCUUCCACAGCCACUCACAGAUAGCAUAGAAGAUAUUUACCCCAGUAAGAACCACGGGCCUGACUCUGGAAUUGGGAGCGACAACGGUGACAAGAGGCUGUCGACAACAGAGCCUUCCGACGACGACACCGUCAGCCUGCACUCCCAGGUUUCAGAGACAGCCCGUGCCGACGCCCUCUCGCUCCUCUCCAAAAUGGACUCUUGCAAAGAUCAGGAUCUCUAUGACUUUAUAGAUCCCAACCACGACGAGGAUCCUGCUCUUUCAGAGUGUGAAGGGCAGCAGGGUCAUAUGUCGUGUAUAAAGGAACUGGAGAAAGUUCUUCACAUGUCUCAACAAAGCAAAGAUAAAGACAGCUCGAAAGAGGAGUCAGGUUCUGACAAGGAGCAGCUCGUUGAGGAAGAGGACGAUGAGCUGAAGGAGGUGCUGGAUCUGAGGAAGAUCGCUGUUCAGCUUUUGCAGCAGGAGCAGCAGAAUAGACGGCGAUCCUUAAUCUGUAGAGCAGAGAGUCUUAUUCACCGACGGAGAGUGACUGGCCGGGCGCACAGGUUCCUAAGUCACUCUGGAAGUUCCAGCAGCAAACCAAGGGCUCCCCCUCAGACUGCUCGAAGUGCUUCUCUGGAUGAAGGAAGCAGUGGAGCAUCAGUGCUGAGCGGACAGCCCUCGUCUUCCUGCUCCUUCGACGGCAGCCUGAAGACGGACCAGUCAGACUCCGAGCCCAAGUGGCCCGAAGUCCCACCCAUCCUCAAUCAGAAUGAAGAUCGCAGGAGGACCAAGUACCUGAGAAAAGAUUAUCUAAAGUACAAGUGUCAGAGUUCUCGGAAAAACAGCGGGAACGACGACUGUGAUGAGGGUUUGCGCAACGCGGACUUCAGCACCACUUUGACUGUGUUUGGACUAAAACCAAGAUCAGCCUUCACCAGAGGAAAUCGGCAAGAGUACAGCUCCACAGACCCCAGCUUCACUAUGAGGAGGAAGAUGGAGCACUUGAGAGAGGAAAUGGAGCAGAUUGGACUCUUGCGCCAGAACAUCGAGUACAGACUCAAGGUGUUGCUCCCAGAUGAUGUUGGAGCCGCUCUGAUGGAUGGAGUCGUCCUCUGCCAUUUAGCCAAUCAUAUUUGUCCUCGGUCUGUUGCCAGCAUCCAUGUGCCGUCACCCGCAGUGCCAAAGCUAAGCAUGGCUAAAUGCCGUAGGAAUGUGGAGAACUUCUUGGAUGCCUGUAAGAAGCUCGGUGUUACACAGGACAAGCUGUGCCUGCCCCAUCACAUCCUAGAAGAGCGUGGCCUGGUGAAGGUGGGCGUGACCGUCCAGGCUCUGCUGGAUCUGCCCGCACUGAAGCCCUCACAACUGUCGGCCGUUUGACACGAGCCUGAUGCAUCCAACCUGCAGCCAUCCAGCCAACUCCUGCCCCCAGCCCGAACCCACACCCUAUCUCCAGGGACCAGAGAGCCCCACAGGGUGAGGACCCGGUGGAUUUUCUGCCUGACUGAAACAGGAGAUGGGAAAUACCUCUCGUCUCCUCAAAUGAUGUCAGCCGCCGCCCACUUCCUGUCCAUCACAUCUUUAUUUGUCUCCUGCUCUAUAGUUAAUGGGGUCAUCCUGUCUGUGUGUGGACUUGCAAUGUGUGUUUUCUGAGCUGCACAAUUUUGGGCUUUCUGAGAAGGGACAGACAAGACAGGAGGUCUGUAGACAGACCUUUACACCCCUCUCAACACGCUCAGUAUUAUCGAGCCCGUAAGUGCCAGUGCUAACAACGUUUUUCCAUGCAGCUGUUGGACACGUCGGCAGUGAGGAGAUGACGGACAUAUGACUCACUUUUUCACCACGGAGACCUAAGCGUUAGCUAGCUUCGUAACCCCAAACCACUGCCUGACCUCGAGUGGCUCUCACACUCUUGAGUUUCUGCGUAGUACUUGAUUUUAUUCUCGUGAAAAUUCAAUUUGGAAUUUUCCAAGAGUUCUGUUUUAUACAGUUUGCAUCAGGUCCACUACUGCACCUCCUGUUCAGUAGCCAAGCCUGAUUCAUAUUUGCCAAGUAUUGCAUUUUAGCAAUUGCAUCCCCUCUGCUUAUCGAGGGAGAAUGCAAGGCUUGCCCCUUCUGAAGGGAACUACAGUUGGCCCGUUUUGAACACGGGUGUGGUUUUUGACAUAUUUACAGAUCAUGCACAACUCUGCCGAAGUUUUUUUUUCUUAAUACAAACCUGCAUGCACCCGGGGAAGUCACAUUUGACCACUGUGAGAACAUGUUUGACUGUUGCCAAAAGCAUGAAGCUCCUGUUUUGUAGCAUUUUUUGCAGUGUACAUGCAAGGUUUCCAUAUUUGAAAAAUGAUAUCCUAAACUUUUCUAACGGUUUUAUACUUUCAUCCCAGUUAUUGCUUCUCAUUCAGUUCAGAUCAUGGGUUUGCCAUGUUAUAUAUAAAGCAGAUUUUUAUUACUUUUCCUCACCUCAUUUAUAACAUGUUUGAACUGUGUGUGUUUAUGAGUGGAGGGUUCUGAGUGACAGGCCCCUGUGAGGAUCACUCCUGCAAUUCUCCCGCACAUGACAUGGUCUUUUCUCACAGCCCAGCCGCCCUGCUGUUUGUGGUUUCAACUACAGUUCAUUAUUAUUUCAGGGAAAUUAUUUAUGUAUUUAUUCACUUAUUUUAUAUUUAUAUUUUCUUGCUUUGUGUUUCUGAGCCCUGACACAUUUUCUUUCUAGGCUCGAUUCUGCCGCAAGCUUUACAGACAUGUAAAGCUUGCGGCUUUACAGACAUCAAUUUCCAAGUUAUCUAAAACAGCAUUGUACGUUUUGGCUGCAGGGCAACACCUGUCUUCUUGUCAGGUUGUUGGCAUGCGAGUCUAAAAUUUCCCGUGGCACUAUCUGUUUCAGAAUUAACCAUCACAUCUUCCGACAUUUGGCAUCUUUACACAGGACAACACAUUUCCCGCAUGACCAUAGAGGACACUGUCUUUGAACAGAGGCUGAGGAUUUUAUGAGCUGUAUUGAUGUGACAUUAGUUGAAUAUCAAUGAAGUCACAGGCUUUGCUAAUUCAGCUACAGGCAGCAUUAUGACUCAAUGUCUUGUAAAGAUGUAACAAAUUGGUUUUCAUGUCAUUGUGUCAAUUAGCAGUGCAACAUCUAAAAACAUCAAACAUUGUGCCUUAAAGUCAAGAUAUGUUCAUUUUUUUCAUUUGUUUAUUAAAUUCGUCUGUAAUUUCUCUCUUUUCAGCCCAUGAUUUGAGGUUUCUGACUCUAUCUGUGCUUCUUUUUUCACAUACAAGUGAAUAGGAUGUUUCAGAUUUUGUUUAACAGAAGCAGCAGCUCUGAUUGGCUGCUGAACUGGAGGAGUGUCAAGCCCCUUUUCCUCUGGUCCAAAAAAACUACUAACACCCACUAACAUCCGGCUUUUGUCUGCAAUGGGAAUCGAAACAAUCGACAUUCAUUCUCGGGUCCAAUGACUCUGCAGUAGCCAGGAGUUUUAAUCGGCAGUGAUGGACACAGUGAUCACCCUAAUUUGGCAAACAGCGAGGUGAGAGAGCACCUUCGUUUUUUGUGCAUUUGUGACAUCGAACAAGAUCCACAGAGGAAAGAAAACAUAAAGGCAAACUCCUCUACUGACAAAAGGAGUCAAUCUCCUUCUUGAGCAGAUUUACCCACAUUUAUGAAACCCAUGCAUGUGCUGCUAAUUAUCAGGCCUCGAGUGUAAAAUAUGCACAAGUUGGCACUAAGUGACAUGUGGCACCUUUUUUGUUUUCAGUGUGUUCAGUAAAUUACAUUUGUGUUGAGCUGCAUGCUAUCACUCAAAAAACAGUUGCCUCUGGAAACAACAUGGUCCUUUUCUCUGUUUCUGCAGACAGGUCAUCUUCUAUGGUCCUGAACAUACAUACAAGCAGCUCUUUAAAGGAUAGACACAUGCCGAGACAAAUGUCCAUAUUAUAAAUCAUGCGAGCAUUUGAAAAAAGAACUCAACUAGAAUGGCAGAGAACAUACCCCCGCUAACAGUUCCCUUAUGAAACCACAUUUAAAAUAACCACAUCCAGAUAUUUAUUUUGAUAUGCACCAUAGUGCACCCACUUACAGAUAUCAGUCUCCAAAAUCAGGCUGGUCAUCAAUCAUCAAGAUUCGUGAAUUCUUGCAAAAUGCCAAGUCUCACACACACACACACACACUCACACUCACACUCAUCCCUCCGCUUUUGAGGAACUCCUUGCAGCAGUGGUUUCUGAAGUAUGAGGUACUCACGAGUCUGAUCGGUUCAUUGCUAAUCUGCUUUAUGGGGUUGUUUUAGGGUGAUAUAUUCUCUCACAGUACAGCAUUUCAUUGGUGGAGGGAUACCAACAAAAAUAUGGAAUUUGGUGCCAAAAGACUGUAAGAUGCCAAAUAGAUUUUUAAUUCUUCUGACUCUUUUACACAAAACUAGGACUGUUUGUUUUACUCCCCAUGAUCAAUGUUGGAAUCCUAUCACAAAGACAUUUCCUCAGGGCCAGAAUGAACUAGAGCAAUGACAGUAGAGACUGAUGUUUCUCCCCAUACACAUUUUGAAAUGUUUUAAGGCUGUCGUGAAAAAAUAUGAACCGAUCCUUUAACAGGUUUGCUCUGCAAAAAUACUGUGGAAAUCACACAGUAUGCUGGUCAUUGUAACACGUGCGGGUCAUCUGACCAUGGUGUUUUACCUCAUUAACUGCCCAGUCCUGUUCUUGUUCGUAGGUUUUGCAGAAGCAAGUUUGACAAUGUACAGGAUUGCUUUUUCAGUUUGCUUUUUUUUAACGUGCCACUCCCUUUACAGCACACUUAAAACGUUAUGUUGCAUAAAUGUCUGCAAGGUGGAGUCAAACUGACACAUCAGCUUCCACAGAUAGUGGUACAGAUGUAUGUGAUGAAUCCAUUGUACUAACUACGUCACGUCUGUGCCGGCUGACUGAUUUGCGUGCCACAACAGAGUUGCACGUUAUUAUUCGUCUUUUGUAAUCUCAUCCAAAGAUUACAGUGGAACAGUGAGUCAUGUCUGAAUUGGACACUGCCGAGAAAAGCCAAUCUCAAGUACACGACAAGCUUUUUGUAUUUUAAAACAAGUCAAAUGCAUGCAACGAUACUGAAUGACUGAACCUGUACAUAUCAUCUGUAUAAAUAAAUCCCAGGGGUUUUCUUAAGAAAAAAAACAAAACAUACAAACGUGGUCAAUAUGAAAUAAAGUCAAAUUCUUUGCA